AUGGCGAGGCGUCACAGGGGGAGAGCGAGUUUGCGGGAUGGAAGCCAGACACAGGGUGCUUACACAGUCCACGAGACAAUGGACGUCACCAUCGAUACUAUUGGGGGCCGCAUGUCCGAUUCCGACGCAGUGCCCAGCGCCUUCAACAUGACGCCGGCAAACACCAGCGACGUGGUCUUCGAGUCCUUUUUGUCCCCCGCCUUGGACAAAACCAUAAACGUCCUGAUGGUGAUGGUCCUGUUCAUCACCAUGGUCUCACUGGGCUGCACCAUGGAGGUGUCCAAGAUCAAGGACCACAUAGUGAACCCCAAAGGUGUGGUUAUCGCCGUGGUGUCCCAGUAUUGCAUCAUGCCGCUUACUGCCUUCUGCUUGGCGAAGGCCUUCCAGCUGGCUGACAUGACCGCUGUUGUAGUUCUCAUCUGUGGAUGCUGUCCUGGGGGGAGCCUCUCCAACAUCCUGGCCCUGGCUUUGCAGGGCGACAUGAACCUCAGCAUUGUGAUGACUUCCUGUUCCACCUUGCUGGCUCUGGGCAUGAUGCCCCUGCUGCUCUUCCUCUACUGCCAGAGCUUCGACAACCUGCAGAGCGCCGUACCCUACGUCGACAUCGCCGUGUCGCUCGUCAUGAUCCUCGUGCCCUGCGGCAUCGGCAUCGUCGUCAAUUACUACAGACCGCGCUACGCCAAGAUCAUCACCAAGGUGGGUCUCAUCAUCAUGUCCAUCACCGCCACGGGGGUCACCGUGGCGGCCACCAUAGCGAUCGGCGGCGCCAUCACGGCGGUGAUGUCCCCCCCUCUCCUGGCGACCGGCGCCCUCAUGCCCUUGAUCGGCUUCACCUUCGGCUACGUCAUCUCGGCCGUCUUCAAGCUCAGUCAACCGGAGCGGAGGACCGUUGCUAUGGAAACGGGCUGCCAGAACAUCCAGCUGUGCUCCACCAUCCUGAAGUUGGCCUUCCCGCCGGAGGUGAUCGGCCCGCUCUUCCUCUUCCCGAUGGUCUACAUUUCCUUCCAGCUCUUGGAAGCCAUGGUUCUGAUCGUGGUGUUCCGGUGUCAUCAAAGGCUCACGAGGAAGGAAAAAGGUGUGUACCAGACCGCCGUGACCCACGACGGACCGAAGGCUUCUUGUGAAGGGACUGUAUGAUGGACAAGUCAUUUCCUCCUGCCCAUAAAAGGAGUGUUGUUCCCCCGGAAACAUCCACCUUGUUCACUGAGCAAACAUUUUUGCAUGAUUAACCCUUUGGCAAACCUUGGGACCCAAAACGGGCAUUUCAUGUGCUCCUUAUGCAAUGAGAUUUUCACUUUCAGGGUUAGCAGUCGGACAUUUUGCAAGGUAGGUUUUCAGUAUUUUGUAAAAUAAAAUUGCAUUGUGUUGUUGAGGGGGAUAGGUUGAUUGGCAACACUAAAUUGGCCCUAGUGUGUGAAUGUGAGUGUGAAUGUUGUCUGUCUAUCUGUGUUGGCCCUGCGAUGAGGUGGCGACUUGUCCAGGGUGUACCCCGCCUUCCGCCCGAUUGUAGCUGAGAUAGGCGCCAGCGCCCCCCGCGACCCCAAAAGGGAAUAAGCGGUAGAAAAUGGAUGGAUGGAUGUGUUGUUGAUUGCAACGUUGUUAGAACAGGACAUAAACAUAAAGCAUAAACACAUUCUCUUAGGACCUCUUUCGGCCCCAUUGGCUGCCAUUAUAUCUACUAUUUUUUUAAAGACUGUAAUUCUGAUUUAUUAAGAUGUUUUUUUUAAUGCAAACUGCGGUACGAAAUGGAUGGAUGGAUGAAUGAACGUCUUUUUAGUCAUGGUGUAACUGUGCCUUUUAACCACUAGAUGGCGCCAGAAAACCAUGACUUGUAAUUAUCAGAGCUUGAGUUAAACUGCCUAUAAACUGCUAAAAUACAAUAGGAACUAUCUUGGGUGGUUUUAUAUACCAUGAAGGAUACAUGUAUAUAAACACACAUGUGUAUUUAAAUGUUCGACUAGUGUUGCAUCUUUCCUGCUUCCGGCGCCUAGACCAUAGUCAAGGAGCGCAGGUGAGAUACUUCUCCAGGACCGUUGAUUCUCGGGGCAACACCCUUCACUUUGGGUCUUCAAAAUUCCUGACUCUCUGAAGAUAAUGACGAGUCCAGUUAUUAGUUGCAAUAUUGUGGCUAUUUUAUUUGUGUCUCUCUCCACCGUCAAAUCCCACACACACAAACACUAGCCACACCCACGCCCUAAGCGACCGCUCCCUCUCCUCGCUCGCCCUCACACACUCACUGACGUCACUCACCAGCUGCCACACACACAUACGCUACUCUCAUAACAAUAGGAUAUAAAAGACGUUUACACACUCCCGUAGGAUCGGUUUCGGCCCCAUUGACUCCCAUUCUAACUGCUACUUUUCAACAGACAUCGAUUGCUAUGCUUCUUCCAUGAGAACUGAAUGAAACUCUUUCUUGCUGAUUGAUAAACAAGAAAAUAUAAUACCACAUUGUGCAUUAAAACAAUAAGAAUAAUACUCAAAGCUCUGAUGUGCUCAAAUUAGUUAAACAGCCAUUAAACCGCUGAAAUGUAAUGGGAA